UCUUCCAACCUCCACACAAAGGUCCUACCAAGGCAGCUAUGGAAACCUUUUCUUGGGUGGAUCACUUCAAGAUAAUUGCCUUUGAUGAAUUAAGGACAGAUUUCAAGAGCCCCAUAGACCAGUGUAAUCCUGUUCAUGCGAGGGAACGGCUGAGAAACAUCGAACGCAUCUGCUUCCUUUUGAGAAAACUGGUGCUGCCAGAGUACUCAAUUCACAGCCUUUUCUGUAUCAUGUUCCUGUGUGCCCAGGAGUGGCUGACGCUAGGGCUGAAUGUUCCCCUGCUCUUCUAUCACUUCUGGAGGUAUUUCCAUUGCCCUGCAGAUAGUUCUGAACUAGCCUAUGAUCCUCCUGUGGUCAUGAAUGCAGACACCUUAAGUUACUGUCAAAAGGAGGCCUGGUGUAAGCUGGCAUUCUAUCUCCUCUCCUUCUUCUACUACCUUUACUGCAUGAUCUACACUUUAGUGAGUUCUUAACUGAAAGACAACCUACGUCAUCAAAGACUGGCACCAGGAAACGGACGGAGGCUUGAGGAGAGAAGUCAAUUGACACUGGAGAUUGGAUGGGAAGGACCUGGAGGAGGCGGUGGAUUUGGAAGCUGAGGCCAUUGAUAGAGCGUGUGGAGAAAAAAGAGAGAGACAGAGACCCAGUGGGCAGAAUGACUGGCUUCCGAACUGAAAGAAUGCAGCCCGUGGGCUGAAUAAACUG